GUUUCCAUCCAGACCAUGUGGUAGGUUUUAUUCAAGCCUGUUUCCAUCCAGACCAUGUGGUAGGUUUUUAUUCAAGCCUGUUUCCAUCCAGACCAUGUGGUAGGUUUUAUUCAAGCCUGUUUCCAUCCAGACCACGUGGUGGGUUUUAUUCAAGCCUGGUUCCAUACAGACUGAAUGGUGGGUUUUAUUCAAGCCUGUUUCCAUCCAGACCAUGUGGUAGGUUUUAUUCAAGCCUGUUUCCCUCCAGACCAUGUGGUGGGUUUUAUUCAAGCCUGGUUCCAUACAGACUGAAUGGUGGGUUUUAUUCAAGCCUGGUUCCAUACAGACCAUGUGGUAGGUUUUAUUCAAACCUGGUUCCAUCCAGACCAUGUGGUGGGUUUUAUUCAAGCCUGGUUCCAUACAGACUGAAUGGUGGGUUUUAUUCAAGCCUGUUUCCAUCCAGACCAUGUGGUAGGUUUUAUUCAAGCCUGGUUCCAUACAGACUGAAUGGUGGGUUUUAUUCAAGCCUGUUUCCAUCCAGACCAUGUGGUAGGUUUUAUUCAAGCCUGUUUCCAUCCAGACCAUGUGGUGGGUUUUAUUCAAGCCUGGUUCCAUCCAGACCAUGUGGUAGGUUUUAUUCAAGCCUUGUUCCAUCCAGACCAUGUGGUAGGUUUUAUUCAAGCCUGGUUCCAUACAGACUGAGUGGUGGGUUUUAUUCAAGCCUUGUUCCAUACAGACUGAAUGGUGGGUUUUAUUCAAGCCUGUUUCCAUCCAGACCAUGUGGUGGGUUUUAUUCAUGCCUGGUUCCAUACAGACUGAAUGGUGGGUUUUAUUCAAGCCUGGUUCCAUACAGACUGAGUGGUGGGUUUUAUUCAAGCCUGUUUCCAUCCAGACCAUGUGGUCUGUGCUGCAGGCGCUGCAUGGCUGCUGUGAGCGGGCGGUGAAGGGUGCAGUGAUUCCAGGCUGUGGGCUGGACUGGGCCCAACACUACUAUGGGCAUGUGGAGUCUAACCGCCUCUGUCUAAACGAGUGGGGCGCUAUGACAGGCCUGGAGUCAAUCAGGAGGGACAGCGCCGGACAGAGCUCGACGGAGAGGGUGUCUGUGGAGAGGCAGAUCAAAGAGGAACUCCGAGACAUCAUGAGAACAGAGGACCUGGAGAACAUCACCUCCAAACAGGUCCGCAGUGCCCUGGAGGCCAGGAUAGGCAUGGAUAUGAAGAAUUACAAGGAAUACAUCGACAAUGAAAUGAUGGUCACCAUGGCGCAGAUGGACAAGCCCUCCAAAAUAUUUGACUAUUUGUUCCUGGGGUCUGAGUGGAAUGCUGCCAACUUUGAGGAGCUACAGAAAAACAAUGUGGGAUACAUCCUGAACAUUACGCGGGAGAUCGAUAACUUCUUCCCAGAGUCCUUCAGCUACAUGAACAUCAGGGUGUACGACGUGGAGGCUACAGACCUGCUGUCCCACUGGAAAGACACAUACACCUUCAUCAACACAGCCAGGCAGAGUGGCAAGGCGGUGCUGGUGCAUUGUAAGAUGGGCGUGUCUCGCUCUGGGUCCACAGUGGUGGCCUACGCCAUGAAGCAGCAGCGCUGGCCCCUGGAGGUGGCUCUGUCCUACGUCAGGGACCGCAGGCCCAUCGUCCAGCCCAACGUCGGCUUCAUGAAGCAACUCCACACCUACAGUGGCAUCCUUAACGCCAGUCAGCAGCGCCACAGCGCUCUCUGGAGGCGGAUGUCGCGAGAGAAGAGAAAGAGGUCUGCUGCUUCACACAGCAACGAAGAAGAGGAGGAGGAGGAGGAGGAGAGUGACGAGGAGGAUGAAGAAGAGACUGAGAGUCCAGAUGAAGUUGAUGAGGCAGAUAAAGAGGUAUUUGAAGAGCCUGCCCCCAAGGUUGAGACUGACGCAGAAGCUUCACUCACGGAACUGGCCUCCCCACUCACGGAACUGGCCUCCCCACUCACGGAACUGGCCUCCCCACUCACGGAACCGGCCUCCCCACUCACGGAACCGGCCUCCCCACUCACGGAACCGGCCUCCCCACUCACGGAACCGGCCUCCCCACUCACGGAACCGGCCUCCCCACUCACGGAACCGGCCUCCCCACUCACGGAACCGGCCGCCCCACCCACGGAACCGGCCGCCCCACCCACGGAACUGUCUGCAGCUAAUCCCCUUAUCACUGUACACGACAGUGACAAGGCGUCCUCUCAGAGCCCCAGUCGCAGUGGCAGGAUGAACCUCUUCUCUCUCAUGCAGUCCAUCAACGAACUGGACGAUGAGGACCUAAGGAAUGAACAGAUUGCCAACAGUCACCGGCGGUCUCCAGGGCAGCGGAGGCGGAGUCAUGGACGGAAGGGCCUCAUGCAUCAGAGGGCCCAUGUGGACGGUUCACCUGAGCCAAGCAGCCUAUCAGGUCCCAGAAAAUGUGAAGGGGCGGGGCCAAGUAAACCUGAGUCCAGGGAAGGAGAUACCAAGACGAUGGAAGGGCGGUAGAGGGAGAGAAUGGAUGGAGAAAGAGAAGCCUAGAGUAGACACUAAUAGGAAGAGAUGAAAUGUUCUGCCUUCUUUCAAGCUAUAAACAUGAAAGUAUCACCCAAAGGUAUUUAUAUACAUCAUACUACUUAAGCCUUGUUCACACUGCAGGCCUUAAAAGCUAAAAUCAGUGUUUUUCAAUUCUGUUUUGGAAUACUGACUGUCCAAACCGCAAGUUACAAGUAACCAAAUCAGAUUUGUUUGUUCAGACAGCAGUCAUUUGCUUACAUGGCUACACUAGCUGUCAUAGCAUUGAUGGGUGUGUGUGUGAGCAGUGGUGUAGACUGAUUCACUCAUUUGUUUAUAAACAAUUAACAAGCUUGUUAGCUACCACGUUCUUGUCAAACUGUCAGUGGCUAGCAAGCAACAAGCUAUGCCAAAUAAGUCUAAAAACCAUUUGCGGGCAAAUCAAUCCGAUUUGACCGUUCAGACACAAGUUGCAUGGCCAGGAAUCCGAUUAGUACCUGAUUUCAACCCACCUACGAAGGUGUUUUGAAAUGUGGCUUGAAAUAUGUUUCUGUUCCUACUGCAGGAAAAAGAACAGAUUUGAAUCGUAUAUGCAUUUCUUUUAGUUAUUUCAAACUGCCAAUGUGAACAAGGCUUUAGACUCCCAACUAGCAUAGCGUUAUACACGGAGUAUACAAAACAUUCAUCGGGGCAUGGACACUACAAGCUGUCAAGCGUUCCACAGGGAUGCUGGCAAAUGUUGACUCCACCCUCGCCACAGCUGUGUCAAGUUGAGUGUGAAAACCCCAGCAGCGUUGCAGUUCUUGACACACUCAAACUGGUGCACAUUACACCGUUCAAAUGCACUUAAAUAUUUUGUUUUGCUGAUUUCACCCACUGAAUGGCACACAAACACAAUCCUCGUCUCAAAGCUUAAAAAUCCUUCUUUAACCGGUCUCCUCCCCAUCAUCUACACUGAUUUGAAGUGGUGACAUAAGGGAUCAUAACUUUCUCCUGGAUUCACCUAGUCUGUCAUGGAAAGAGGUGUUCCUAAUGUGUUCUACACUCGGUGUAUAAUUUGGUUAUUUAAGUGUCAUUCCUUUUGCACAAUAUUUCAUUUUAGGUUCUUUAAAUGUAUCAAACAAAAACUGUUCCCCAACACAUUUACUCCAUUGGUAGUGAUGGCUCACUUUUUUUAUGUCACUGCAGUAUUACGACACAAAUAAUUAUGUGUAUGACCAAAGCUUAGUAUUUCUGGUUAGACUUACCUACUGUCACUGAAGUUGGAAUGUAUGUACAUUAUCAUACCGCAUGUGUAGUGUGCCCUCCUUCUCUCCUCAUGACCUAUGACCUCUAUGCAAUAAUUAAUUUGUCUUCUCUGAAUUUGAGGCUGCCAGUUCAGGUUGUGUAUUUUAAGUGCCCUUAUUUUAGGGGUUUUCUUUUUUACAAACGCACAUACAAGCUAGAUCUUUUUAGAGUUUAUGAAAAUGGCAUGCUGUCUCAAUGAUCCAAAACUUGAAUGUUCUCACUGAGGUUUCAAAAUAGUAAUGUUGAGUGACUGUUUUAAGCUGUGUUAUUAUUCUGGACCAAUUCAUGACCAAUUCAAGGGCACCAGACUGUUUGCCAAUUGUGUUCCUCUGUGCCAAUGAACAUUCUGUCCUUGAGUUUUAGGGCCCAAUUCAAUCAGAUCUGCUUCAGCAGACAGCCGUGUAGCUAAUGUUUUGACGGUGUUGGAGGUGGACCUUCGUUAGAGCUGUCAAAUUCACAAGUGGCUCCCAGCAUGCAGUCGCAUUAAGAAAAAACCCAUGCAGACUUGUUUACAAGUUGGGACACUGGAAUGUGAGAUGUAAUCCACACCUCGAUUAUGCUGAUUUAGAAAUCCUCAUUUAUUUUGUUAAAUGAUUUUUCAAUUUGAGUGUAAUUAUUUCUAUAUAGCCUUCACAUUCUCAUUCUGAACUUCUAACGUGAGUGCAGCGGAUUUUGUUACAAUGAUGGAGCAGCUGCUCACUGAUUUGACAGUUCCACUCACCUGCGACACCACCAAAACAUCCGCUAAGCGGUUGCCUGCUGUCGCCGGUUAACGCUUGAACUGAUUGAAUGUAAGCCUUAAUCUAAAGGCAACAGAUUUGAGGAUCAUUAGAAAACUCGUACCCUUUUUUAUUUUUAAUCUUGGGUGUUAAAUCCCUUUAAGUUAUUGGAGAUGUUUUUAUUUCUUUUUUAAAAUAUUUCACUGUCGUUCCACAAAUAGCCUUGCUGUAAGAGUGCCUUGGACGUGGGACCUAAAUAACCAAGUUAUUUCCCAAAUACACAGACCCUGAUUUAAAGUAUUUAUGAUAUCUACGGUAUAUUGCUAUUUCUCUGAGCUGGUGGCUUUUUUUUCAUAUUGUUUUAACGGUUUGUCUUCAUGACCAGCGUGCAUGUUAGCAUGAUUUUGUUCAGGUUACGGUUUUUGUGUCUAUUGAGGUAGUUUUGGCAUUAUGUUGAAAGUUUCUGAACUUCAGUUAAACUGAAUGGUUCUUCAUGCUGAUUUCUUUAUCGAUCCAUAAUUUUUUUAAAGUCUUCAGCUGGCUGUGUUUUUAUAUUCAUCAUUGAAACAAGUUUCCACCACAUCAUCAUCCCAUUGACACUGCCUGAGCCGACCUCUGCUGUACUGCAAUCAAAUCCAUCAAUGACCUGGAUAAGUGUUAUCUCCCCCACUGUUUACAGCUAUACUGUAUGAGUGAAUAAAUGUUUCAGAGUAACCAA